AUGGCGAGCAUUGCGCGCGGCAGAUCGCGACGGAGACAGGGCGACGGGUCGUCGGACCGGAAUGCGGCACACUCCACCGUUCCUAACCCCGAUCACCAAGGGGUUGUGUCCUCUAGGAAACAAGCAACUUACCCUGGGAUGCUAUCUGAUUCUGUGUUUGCUGAUGUAAACAGGCAAAGUAAAUCAAGAAAAGCCAGUGCUGUACCAAUGAAAAUACUGAUAGACGAAGAAUUUUCAAAUGAUGUCAAUGCUAGGCACAUUUCACCAGGUGCUGUAGGAAGGCUCAUGGGUCUUGAUUCGUUGCCCUCAUCUGGAAUCCAUAAUCAGCAUAGGCAUAACCAAAGUCAUGCACCAAAGACUUCACCUGGUAGUUCUCAUGCUCGAAAUGGUUUACAUGAAGACAUUCCACACAGGAGUAGUGCAGAUACCAUUGAUGUUUUUGAAGUUAUGGAGGCCGCAAAAACAAAGAUGCACCGGAGUCCAAGAUCUAAAAUUGGAAAUACAACUUCCAGAUCUGACAAGGUUGACAGUGCUGAUAUAGAUUUCAUAAGGCAGAAAUUUAUGGAUGCUAAGCGUCUUUCUACUGAUGAAUCCCUUCAAAUGUCAGAAGAAUUUAACGAGACACUUGAUGCACUGGUAUCUAACAGGGAUCUUUUGUUGGAAUUUCUUCAAAAAAUUGAUCCUGCUGUCAGAAGGGACCUGCACAAUCAUGGUUCCCCAUCCUCUGCCGCAAACUGCAUCACGAUAUUGAAGCCAUCUCGAAGAAAUCAUUUUAUUGACAUGGACAAUAUUUAUCCACAAGAGAAAGGUGCCGAGAGCAUCUUCAACGAGCAAAAGGAAGUGAAACAUUCUUUGAGGAAGCCAUAUUCUAAUGUGCCCUUGCAAUCCCAAAAAGAAGAUUCUUGUUCAAUAAGGCAGAAACUGUCAAGGCCCAGUCAUCAGGAAAAUACUGGAAAACGAGGCUGCCCCACUCGGAUUGUUGUCUUGAAGCCAAAUUUUGAGAAACCUCAUGAUAUUGAAGAAACCCUUCCUCUACAUCAUAAAAUCCCCCAUUCUGAUUAUAGAAGCCACAAAGAAUGUCCGGAGGUUGGUAGAUGGACUCCGUAUACUGAAGAUUACUUGUGUCAGGUGCCCCUUGAAGAUUCUGUAAGUCGUAUGGGGAAGGGAUCUAGAGAAAUUGCUACGGAGAUCACCAAACAAAUGAGAGCUGCUAGGGGUGGGAGUAGGAAACAUGCUGUCAAACCGGAGAUCAGAACUCCUGCUUCAGAUGAAAGGUCACAGUUCCUGCCAUCUGUUACUAAACUCAAGACUCCCGAGGCAAUUCAUAGAUAUUCUGAGCCAUGUGAUGCUUGGGCUUCUUCCAGCCUAAACUCUUCGCCAACAUAUUCGACUGAAACAUCAGUAAGCAAGGAAGCAAAGAAACACCUCUCUAACAGAUGGAAGAAGACCCAUCAGUGUCAGCAUCAAGAAACUGAUAUUGACAGCUUCAGCACGCUUGGGGACAUGCUUGCUCUCUCUGAUCAGAAUGCAUCAAAGGUUGCUACCCAUAAAAUGACAUCCAGGAAAUGUCCAAAGGCAGGAGUGCAGAGUGAUAGAAUGCAAAGCUCAUGCAUCUAUCCUCUUGGCAUCAGCAGCAAUGAUGGUUGGAGAGACACAGCUACUAGUAAAUUGACAAGGUCCAAGUCUCUUCCAUCAUCCUUCAUCCGUGGAGUUCAAAAGUCAAACAAUAGAAAAAGAACUGGUAGUGUCACGUACAAUGAGUUCUCGAUGCUUAAAGAUGUUCUUAAGGUUGGACCCCACUAUUCUGAACAUGCAUGUCGUAGCAGGCAAAGACAAUCUCUAAGUAGAGAUUCUACAAUUCAUGGUGAUGAAUCUGAUCUGAUGUCCACAGAUAAUGAGGAAAAAAUGGCAGUUGAACGUGAGAUACAUGUAAAUUACGAGGAACCAAUUAAUGGUACUGCUGUGACAGAAACAUCUGGGCAGUCACAACAUCCUGCAAAUCUUGACCAUGAACUAGAUGCAGUAGGUAUACUGGAUACCAGUUCUGCAAUCCCUGUCAGUAACAAAAGACCUCUUUCUCCUGCUGGACAGAACCAGCAAAUGCUUAAGAUGACCACAACAGCACUAGAUAACUGCCUUCUUGUGCCUAGUCUUGAUGAUCUGAUGGCUAAGCAUGAGCAAAUUGAAUACCAUGAAGCUGAUGAUUACCCAGCCACUUAUGAUCCCCAGAUAGGAUCAGAUUCUCCUAAGGAGAUUAAUCAUCACCUGGGGGAUGACAAUCAAACCCUCUGUAUUCCACCUAAUGAAUCAGAAUCGCCAGCAAACUCCAAUAAAGAUGACCAGCAAAGUCCAGUGUCUGUUCUUGAAUCUUCCAUGGACGCAGAAGAUGUUUACUCAGGAGAUUUUGAGAAAAUUAGUGCAGAUCUCCAAGGCAAGAAUAUGGAAGAAAGGGAUUUCUCCUAUGUGUUUGAUAUGCUUGUUGCUUUGGGCAUUCAUGCGCCCAACGAGGAAGAGCUGCUUGACAACUGCUACUUACUGGAGUUUCCUGCAGGCCUUGAUUUAUUUGAUGAUCUUGAAAAGAAGUAUAGCAGCCUCAUUUUAUGGCCACGACAUGAGAGGAAGCUCUUGUUCGAUAUCACAAAUGUUGUUCUUGGGGAUAUGAUUACCUCCGUAAUGAACAGUUGGUCAAAGGGAUUGAUGAUGAGGUGCUCACCUGGAUGGAAUCAGGAAGAGUUUGCUGAGCUUGUGUGGCAAAGGGUGGUGCAGGUACAGCAAGAAAUAGAGUUUAAUCAGGAAGCCCUACCCUUGAGUGUAGAGUGGGUUGGCUCUGAAGAUGGCAACAAUCUGGUUGGGUGCGAUAUCGGGAGUAUGUUGCAAGAUGAUCUCCUAGAGGAAAUUGUAGCUGACUUUCUGGGUGUGACUAAAUCCGCCAAGCUCCGUGGCUAG